GGCCUCUGCAAUCUCAAGAGCCUGCUCGCUAUCUCUCUGCGCCCUUCUUGGAUUUCAACUCCAAACAUGGCCAUACAGCUGGGGUGUCUCUUCAAGCUGUCUCCAGGACAGAGACAUUCCAGAGCCCUGGCUGCUGCCUGUUGUGCCAUAGACGGUUGUGUCUCCUGCACAGUAGGAUCGAAGGGACCGACCGGAGACCACGGGAUGUGGGGACUCUUCGCAGGGUGAUCUCGGCCUCCAUGGACAGACGCUGAUCCCAGGCACCACUGCUCUCCAUUUGGUCCCAGUAUAUUCCAGGCUCAGAACCCCCAGUCCUACGCUGUUAGAGGUGAAGAAGGUAAGAUGGCGGCCUCCGGUACGACGAUUGACCACCUCUUUUUUGUCCCCCAAUGUGUGGGGUGGAGGUCCUACAUGGAGGGCAGCAUGUUCCACAUGGCCAGCCUUAUUCUCUUGCUGGCAUUCAUGGGUGGCAGCGGAGUCUUGGGUUGCAUCUACGUCUUUGUGCUGUUUUCGGCUGGUUUCUUCUGCAUGCUGCUCUGGAGCUGGCUGUGGGCCUGCGGGGUGGACAUGGUGGUCUGGAAUGCGCUGUUAACGACAGCCUCCCUUGUCCAGAUCGCUCAUCUCAUCUACCGACUGCGCAGAGAAUCCUAUGGAGUGGACUAUGAUACCCUCUACCAGACUGUGUACAAACCGCUGCAGGUGCCGCUGCCUAUCUUCAAAGAGAUCGCUCACGGCAGCGGCAUGGAGGUCCAUUCACUGAGUGCAGACCAAAGCUACGCCCUGGAGGGCAAGACCCCGAUUGACCGGCUGUCUCUUCUCAUCUCUGGGAGGGUGAAGGUGAGCCUGGACGGCCAGUUCUUACACUACAUCUUCCCGUACCAGUUCCUGGACUCUCCAGAGUGGGAAUCAAUACGGCCCUCAGAGGAAGGAACAUUCCAGGUGACGCUGACAGCAGAGACGGACAGCACCUACAUCAGCUGGCCGCGGAAGAAGCUGCACCUGCUCCUGGCGCGGGAGAAGUACAUCGCCCGCCUCUUCUCCGCGCUCCUCGGCUUCGACAUCUCUCAGAAACUCUAUGCGCUCAACGACAAGCUCUUUGCCAAGUUUGGCCUCCGAUUCGACAUCCGCCUGCCCAGCCUCUACCACGUUCUGGGGCCGUCGUCAGAACCUGUGGGGGACAUAGGACUGGUCACUGACCACCCGCAGGCUGCUGCCACCCUACAUAAGGCACCAGCUGCCCCUCCUCACCAGCCAGUGGGCGUCAGGGGCUCUCGCCCUGAGAGUGGAAAUCUGGGUGAGGACUCCAGUAGCCUCAUUCUAGAGGACUUUGCGGAGCUGCCGGGUUCCUUUAUGGAUUAUGUGAGCGAGGGGGAGUAUAUGAAGUGAGAGGGGGCGAGGCGGCUGGUAUGGGCACACCCUCCUCCAGUGUGCUGCACCAGGGCCACCCCCGCCUCCUGUCUCGAGGACGGGCUCCUCUGGCCCCAACUCAAACGCCAGAACUUUAGGGAACAAUGAACGGCCCGAACCCCUCCCCCGCUCUGAGCACAGACCACCAGUGUGAAUUCGCCGACAAUGGAUGACAGACAGAUGGACAGUGGCUCCGCCCUCACCGCAUGUACGAUGCCCCCCGCAGGGCGGAGACGACGCGCGGUUCAUCCAUGGAUACACGGAGUCUCAUCAUUCACUAUGUAGGAUGCAGCGAGCAAAAGAAUUGGCGCUAAAGAGAGAAUGCGACCUGCGCCGUUAUACUGGAGAGCGCUCGGCAGGCUGCUGGGUGACACAUUGUAACGAACCCUCCUGCGCCUCCUCCUCUGCAUUUCUAUCAGCACUGCAAGUGACAACACAAAGGGCACAACCCAAAUUACGGCGCCCCGGCCGAUCACCCACAAUGGCCCCUUGUCGGCGAGUGGCGCCCCCCAAAUCCGUGGAUUACAAUAGAGACACGUUUACAAUACGAAUAAACUUUAUUAAAAUGACACAAAGCAUUUGGUAAAAA